CCUUCUGAGAACCGCCCUAGCGAUGAACCAGGAAGCAGGUGAGAGAGUAAACAGGUGGGAAAGAGGGAUAUUGGACUUCCAGCCUUCCUGAAAGGAACACUCCUUCUGCAGUCCAACAGACCACACUCACCCUCGGGGAGGGGAGAAAGAGACAGAGACCCGCCUGAGAGAAGGAGAACGAGACUUACCUGUGGGUGCUCACCUGUCUGCAGCCGGAAGUGUUGCUCUGAUCAUUGGGUCCCCCUCUGUGUGUUGGUGACACUCCGGCCUGAGCUGCUCCCCCUUCACCUGCCCAUUGCCGUGUGGGUGGUCUGCUCUCGGUCUCCCGAUGGCAGCGAUCCAGGAUCCGGGCCACUUCCAGGCGGUGGACCUGAGCAGCGAGACCGGCCCUGGAGCUCAGCAGACCGCUGGGCUGGAGAAGACGAUGCUGACUGAUGACAGAGAGGGAGCUGCAAGAGAAACCGAGGACAGGCUGGGCCACCAGGCUGAGAAAGACCAGGCAAGCCCAGCUCCAUCAUCUCCUACACCCUUGGACUACAAACUCAGGAAGUUCUUUGUGCUCCGGCCAGGAACAUUUGACCAAGCAUUGGCAGAUAUCAAAGCACAGAUUAAUCAGCAAGAAGAUGGAACUUUACAAAGUACCUGGCUUCUUACUGAAAUCGAUCAUUGGAACAAUGAGAAGGAACGGGUUGUUCUGAUUUGUGAGAAGACCCUGCUCAUCUGCAAGUAUGAUUUCAUGGUUCUCACAUAUCAGUACUGUCGACGGGUGCCACUCAAUUACAUCGACAGAAUCUAUUAUGGAGAAUUCUCUUUCCCUGAGCGAUCCAUCAGCAGGAGAGAAGGCAAGGGAGUUCGUAUUCACUGGGACAAGCUGCGAGAGGCUUCCUUCCUAUCCCGUUGGAACCCUUGGAGCACUGAAAUUCCAUAUACAACCUUUGCUGAACAUCCAGCCGUCAAUGCCACUGAGAGAUUCACCAGCCUUUGUCAGCUCGAAAAUUUCAAAAUACAGCUGUCUCAGGCUGUCCAAAAAGCCUACCAAGUGGAUCCAGUUCCUGGGAGGGCGAAUGGAGCGCUGAUACUGAAUCAUCCAAUCGCCAUUGAUUCCUACAUGGGGGUGAUGUCUGUCAUCAGCAAUCAGAACAGGCUGGGCUAUUCACUGGCUCGGGGCUCUGUGGGCUUCUAGCCUGACUGCACCACUGGCCUGUUGCGAUUCCCUAGACAAAUGGUUUCCUUUAGGUCUCUUGCGAUUGCUUCCUCACUAUUUAAAGUUGUUAAGAUUUUGCAGAUCACAUGUCAGUCCCUAAUUCUACAGAUAUCAUGGUCCAUUCUUGAAUCAACAUUAAAUCUAUUGAGUUUCAUACAUAAAGUGAAUACUGAAUCUGUCAUAUGUCACAAUUCUACAAACAAGAGUAGACUGAGAAUAUUAGACAUUGCUUGCAUUCAUUGAAAGUAGUAACAUAAGAGCUGAGAUAACAUUUAAUAACAACAUGCAUUGAGAUUUAUUGUUCCACAAGAUGUUAUCCCUGGGUGUAUUGGUGUUUUAAUACGAGACAUUUCCAAAAAAAUAUUGUUAAAACAAUGCACUAAUGUAUGGUACAUAACGUUUAUGAGCGUUUUAUGACAUCACCAAUUAGGCUUUCUCUGUCAUUUGUAUAUUGUUGUUAACUUUGACUAAUAAAUGUUAUUCUGGACA